GGAGCUAUAUAGUGCUCUAGUCGGGUCGGUGCUCGGUCGGCUUGUUCGACUCGAAAAACAAUUGAAAUUCAUAAACUUAUUGCAGUUUUAUUAUUUAUUCAUUAUUUCAGUUAAAACCUAAAUAUACGUGGAAGUAAAUUGUCAAUUAAUUAGGUUUGUAGAUUUGGUAUUCGGCUUCUGAUUUUGACUUCGUCGUUGUCGCCGUUUAAAGCCGCCAAACCAUUUUCGUUUUCGUCGUCUCAAGAACAUGGCGCCGUGCAUGAGCUUCGAACGCGCGAUUUUGUAGCUGAGCGUUGCAACUCGUCGACUAUUGGGAAGUUAGCGAUAUUAGACGUGCCCCACUGCCACAACAGCAUGGCGCCGCCACGCAACAACGUGAGACGAAGCCACCAUCCGAAGAAGGGUCUCUUCUUUUCGAAACAUCUGCGAGCGACUUACACCAAUAUCAUGAACGACCUCCGCAACUUCAGCCCCCAGAAGUUCAUCAACGACCCAAACGUUCUCUACUUGGCAAUUCCUUUCCUUCUCAUCAUGGAGUUCGUGCUCAACAUUGUAGUCAUUGACAAAGUGCCUUACACAGAGAUUGACUGGAAAGCCUACAUGCAAGAAGUCGAAGGCGUACUUAAUGGAACAUUCAAUUAUGCGGAGCUGAAAGGCGACACUGGGCCCCUCGUGUAUCCAGCAGGGUUUGUGUACAUCUUUGCUGCUCUCUACUAUGUGACAGGCCAAGGAGUCAACAUUAAGCUGGCCCAGUACAUCUUUUCUGGCCUCUACCUGUUCACCCUGUGCCUUGUGUUCAGCCUCUACAACAAGACACGAAAGGUUCCGCCUUACGUGCUGGUGCUCAUGUGCUGUACCUCGUACCGCAUCCACUCCAUUUACGUGCUGCGCCUGUUCAACGACCCUGUUGCCAUGGCCCUGCUCUACGCAGCCCUGGUGUUCUUCGUCCGGUGCCGGUGGCUGGUGGGCUGCGUCCUCUACAGCUUGGCUGUAUCAGUCAAGAUGAACAUCCUGCUGUUUGCCCCGGCCCUCUUUGUUGCGUUGCUGUCCACGCAAGGUCUCUUCAAGACCUUUCUGCUCAUCGCAACCUGUGGGCUCAUACAGGUGGGGCUGGGCCUCCCCUUCCUACUGAGCCACCCGGUUUCGUACCUGAAGGGAGCUUUUGACCUGGGCCGCAUCUUCCUCUUUGAGUGGACGGUCAACUGGCGCUUCCUGCCGGAGGAGGUCUUUGUGGACCGCCGGUUCCACCUAGCACUCCUGGCCCUGCACCUAGUCGCCAUUGCCUGCUUCCUGCCCAAGUGGAUCAAGUACCUGAAGCUAACACCAUGGAACACAAACAAGGGGAAAGUGCUGGUCAUGUUUCCAGAUCAGAUUCUCCUGCCCCUGUUUACGUGCAAUUUCCUAGGGAUGGUGUUCAGCAGGUCGCUGCACUACCAGUUCUAUGUGUGGUACUACCAUUCCUUGCCAUACCUGUUGUGGUCCACCAAUUUGGCACCCAUCACAAAGCUUUUCUUGUGGGGCCUGAUAGAGCUGUCCUGGAACACCUUUCCAUCGACCAACUGGAGCAGCGGCCUCCUUCACUGUUCUCACCUGUUGCUUAUGGUGAAUCUGUGGAGGCACUGGCCUCGUGAACCCAGCAUACCAAUAAAAACCAAAGGAGCAUGAUUGGUU